AUGCUUAAUCCCCAGAUGCAGGGUGGCUGGGGAGUCGGCCAGGUGCCGAACCCGCCUAGCAACCCAUUCAGCAACCCGGCGUCUACCCAACCGGCCAACCCGUUCGCUCCGCCCAAGGUUAACCCAUUUUUGCAAGGACAGCCCAGCAGCGCAACACCUACGCCAAAUCCUUUCCUAGCAAAUUCUACUCAACCACCCUCAUCGAAUUCUUCAAUACUGCAGAGCCUGACUCAAAUGGCAAACGGGCGGCAUGAUGACUUCCGGAUGCCAAGUAAUAUGAAGAAUCCCUUUGAGAAGAAAAACAUGGGCUCUGCUAUAAACACGAACGGCCAAUCUACCGCUUCUCCUUUUAACUUGAAGCCAAACCCGUUUAGUGGCACUAGUAAUGGGCAAUCUUCCAACACGCAGAACCCAUUUUCGACGCCGACAACUAAUAGUGCUGAAGUACGGCCUUCACCUUUUAGUCAGCAAGAUUCAACUCCUAAGCUUGAAUCAUUCGGCCGACCUAGCUUUACGCAGACCUCCAACCCGACAGCUGCUUCCGAAGACAGUUCCUCGAAACCAAACCCCUUCUUGAAGCCAACGCCAGUACCCAGCGGCAAAAUUCAGGCUUCAACUAAGACCGGCGUCAAUGGCCUAAAAAAAGCUUCCGAAUAUGUGCAACCAGCGUGGCCAAAGCAGGCACAGACUACUAACUCUACACCAGCUAAUACCACAACACUGACAAAUCAAGCCAAUGGGAAACGAAAGAGUGGUGAUGAUAUCGAGCGGAGGAAUAAAUUAUCACGGACGUCACUAGGCCUAGAGAAUGCUCAUAGUCGAUCCCAGCCCCCUACCCAGGGUAAUAAGCAGAACACCUCGACCGAAAAAGACGUACCGGGAAACCCGAAAUUUAAUCAAGAUCGGGAUGAGUUUGCUAAGAAGAUUCGAGACCAGUUAGCCAAGGAUAAAAUCAGACCACCGCAAUGGCCUGAGAACCCAGGGAGCUUUGCACAACGCCAGGCAAUAGAGCGUUUUCGUGAGACUUAUAAGGCGUACCGGGAAAAGGCACGGAAGUCUCUCACGCGAGCUGGCCUAAUCGACGAUCCAGACAAAAGGCGAAGGCUCGACGAGGCACUUGUGUUCAAGGGAAUCUGUGAGGAUAUGUGUCCUGAGUGGGAGCAAGUGACUCGUAUUGUUGAGCACGACAUCAGAGGACCGGAGAAAAGUAGAGAUGAGAAUGGUGAUCUUGUCGCAAUACCCUCGCUUAUGGUCAAACGACUUGCUCGUUCAGCUGCAGGGCAAGAUGCACCCCUCCCCAUGGACGUGCGAUCCGUUCGGACCCUCUGCCGCACUUUAGAUUACUUGAUCGAUCUUAUUUCGUCUGAUGACCUAUUACCGCAACGGCAUAGUUUCCUUUGGGACAGAACUCGAGCCAUUCGAAUAGACUUCUCAUUCCAAAAGUACGCUAUGACGCCUGAUGAGAUACUGGAUCAAAUUUAUUGCCUCGAGACCAUCACUCGUUUUCACGUUACGUCGCUUCAUCUCCUCUCUCAAGAUGGCUUCGCUCCCACGGAUUUUUCGGAGCAACAAGAAGUCGAGCAACUAAGCAAGACUUUAAUCUCCCUAAUGGAAGUGUAUGACGAUUGUGCACAUCAGGGGAUUGAGUGUAAAAACGAGCCCGAGUUCCGGGGGUAUUUUAUAGUAUUCAAUGCCUACAAUCCCGCGCUCAUGGAAAGAAUAGAAGGUUGGGAUGUUCGGUUUGGAAACGCCGAAGGAAUCAAAUCCGCAAUAGCUAUCGUCCAAUGCAUCGACAAUAUUCGUAAAAUGCAGGGCCCUCUGCAUCCGGAAACAUACAGCCAAUUAGCUAUUGAUGCGAUCUCGAUAUUCUUCAAGCUCAUCGCCCAUCCGUCAGUUUCAUAUACCAUGGCCUGCUUUGCCGAGAUACAUUUCAACAAUGUGCGAAAGGGGAUAUUAAAAGUUAUUAGGAAAUCGUUCUCGAGGCCUCGGUUCGGCCCCAAAGACCUAACUCCGUCCGUCUUAAAGCAAUACCUACACACUGAUACGGAAGAAGAGGCAGUUGAGUUUUUCAAAAAGCAUGGUUUUCAGUUUCACGACGAUGGGUAUGCUAUUCUCUCCCAAAGUACCGAGUAUAUCGAUGCUCGAGUACGGCAUUCCUUCUCAGGGGACAUAGUAGAGCAUAAACGUUCUAGGCGAUCUCUUCCAGAUGUCAUUCGUACAACUGUCUUCGAAGAGAAUGUCAUAGCAAUAACUAGCUCAGAUGAAUCUUCCGAGGAAAGCUUAUUUGUCAGUGAUUCCCAAGAUGCCCCCCCAGCGGAUAGCAACCGCCAAGGGCACGAGAAUCUUGAUGGAUAUGGUCGCCAGGCAGAAGGCAGUCAACCCACCCCAUCUCCCGGCCUCCUAACCGCGGCAAGCUCCUAUACUCCUCCGCAAACCUUUGGGAACCAUACUAUUACCAAGCCGACGGCUACCGUUCCCUUUAAACAGUCUCCCUCCCCGCCACCCUCCGACACGAUACCUACUUCUCAAGAGGCUUCUUUUACUCCGGUCUCCGCCCAAACUAGCGGAGACUCUAGGACGGAAACCGCAUUUUCUGCUCUUACAGGACAGCGACCUAGCUCACUCUUUUCACAAAUAAGCAACUCCAUGUCACCUAGCACUACGAACACUGACAACAAUACUGCUGCAACAUCUACUCCGCGGUUACAAUCCACCAUAGAUAGUGCUAAUAAAAAUCCAAGUCAGGAUGGGAAGAAUUCUACCGCAAAUUCUAAUGUUAUAUUCGGAAGCAAUGUUUCAUCAGCACAAGCAGCCCAGCCCGCAACAAACGUAUUAGAUCCAAACUUCUUCAGUUUUCUAAACAGCGACAAAGACCUAUCGAUUCCACCGACCAAAUCUCUCUUCGCGAAUCUUGGAGCAAAAGCUUCCGACUCGUCGAACAAAGACGGAUCACAACCCCCUGCACCCUCUAGUUUAUCUGCCACCUCAGAAUCAGUAUCAAAACCCUCUAUCUCAUCGAAAUCUAUCAGUAGUACAGUUCAGCCUACAACGGCCAACCUUUUUUCUCCAUUACCGCCACUCACGAAUAGCACACCCUUAGAUAACACUGAGACUCGUAAACAAACUUCCCUUUCAAGUCAACCAUCAAUAUUUCCACAGCCAGCCUUGAACCCUACUUCUACAUCACAACAUCCCCUUCCUACAAGCUUUUCUGCCCCUCAAACUACGGCCCGGAAGGAUUUGAUGAGUGAUUUCGCUCAUUGGUUCGUUUGUGCGGACAAAGGGCUAAUGGAAUCACAUCUUCAAGAAUUUGCAGUUACUCACAUCUUGAAAAGCAUUUGGGAUGAGUUUCAUACUGGGGAAGUUGAGCGCAUGCAAAGGGAAGAAGAAGAAAAGGUCAAUACUGAAAUACGGAAUUUCAGAGAGAACACUCUCAAACUGAAAUACUUUUGGCGUUGGCACGAUGGCUUUCGUAAACGCCAACGUAUCAGACGUAUGAAUCAAGAAAAGGAGAAAGCGAGGCAAUGGAGAUUACCUGAAAAUGUAGCAAAACGUGAGCGCGCUGCUAGGGAGAAGCAGGAAAAAGUCGUUCAGCAAACGACGGAUUCGAUGCUAAGGAGGAGCCAGCACAGAGUUGACGAAACGGCCCAACUAAGGGCAUCAACUAGGCUAAGUCUCGAGUGGAGAGGACGGGAAAGGGCAGAUACUCCAACACAACUAUACACUCAAUCAUCAAGUCCGGUAUCGCAGUCACGGAGCAUCGAAGAAGCGCUGCUUGCUACUGGUGUUUUCAAUGGGGUGACGGAUGAAAGAGCCGCAGCUCGAUACGCAGCCAGGGAUUAUGACCCCGAAACUCAGGCGAAUCUAGUCCAGGAGAAAAAGAUGCGAUUAAGGGCGGAAAAUAGGAGCCGAAUUGAACGCGGAGUCCACCGACUCAAAGAGCUACCAGAGCCGAAGCUCUAUAAAGAAGGGUCAAAGACAGCAAUGCUCAGGGCUCGCUGUCGCGGUACUAGUGGAGAUGCCUUGUCCACAUCAACCGGGAGCCUUCGUAACUCAACUUUUAGCUCGAGCUAUCGCUCAAGUGUCGGCUACAAUAACAGUCGGGUAUCAAAAUCCCGAUCGAGAGUUGCAGAUCCAUAUUGGGCUUUGAAAGCCAGAGGGCUUGUCCGAAUGCCGAACGGCGAAUUCCUGCACGAGUCAAUAGCAUUGCCUAUGUUGCGAGAAGGGAAGCGAAUCCCUGGCUUUGGAGAUUAUGGAUUACCGGCUGCCGAAGAAGCACCUCCUAGCCAGUCGCCGCCACCGGUAAUGAGCAGUCCAUCUUCGCCAUUCAUACGAGCUGAUGAGCUAGGAGUAAGCCAAAUCAGCAGUUCACCCUCAGAGACCCGGAGCCAGAAGCGAAAACGCCGCGCAAAGGAAAGCUCGCCUAUAAAUGGAAAUGAGUCACCUGCCAAUACGAAGCGAGCCAAGAGUGGAGAUGCAAAAACCAGCUCGCUUACGGACGCCGAUGAGCAUCUGGCCGAUAUCGCGAAUUUCUUAGCAAUGGUUGAAGGGAGGGCCUCGGGACUUGGAGAUUCUUGA